AUGUCAAAGCAAUAUCUUCAUGCCGGCUCCGCAGUCAAUGCGCACACAACCCUCAUUUUCGAUCUGGAGGUUACCGAUACGCAGGUCAUCACCGUUGGGGCUUCAACCGAUAUCAAGGUCCACUCCACCACCGAGCCCGGAAACCCGCUAGUCCAGGUCAUUGAGUAUGCCCACUCGAAUGGCUGCCACCAAGUUGCGAUCGACGCGGAAGGCACCCGAAUGAUCACCGCGGGCUUCAAUGGAAUCAUGAAAGUUUGGUCAUUCAACGAUGGAUCCUGGGUCGCCGAUAAGGACUUGACCGCCGCCCUGGCCUCUGCCCGAACCUGGGCUCUUGACCUAUCCGUGGAUGGUCAGUAUCUCGCCGGUGUCAAUCCUGAGGGGCGCAUCCAGGUCUGGGACCUUGCCGACAAUGCCACUCAGAUUCGGGACCAGGAGACCAAGGGAGUCUGGGGCACUUGCAUCGACUUGUCGCAGGAUGGGCGCUUCAUGGCCACUGGACACACUGAUGGCUCUGUGUACAUCUUCAGUACCGAGACUGGUCGCAUGCCAUUCUCUCUCCCAGGAUCGGUCAAGCAAGUUCGCGUCGUCGCUUUCUCGCCAGCUGGAAAACUCCUCGCAGCCACGGGUGAUAGCGGUGUGAUUACGCUCUACGACACUGUCUCAGGUGAACUGGUUGGGAGCUUGACCGGCAACACUGCCUGGGUUAUGAACCUCUCAUGGAGCAGCACCGGAGAGUAUCUUCUUAGCUGCUCCCAUGACGGAAAGGCCAAGGUCUAUUCUAUGGCAACUAAGCACUGCGUUGCCACUGUUUCUGAGAGUGACAAGGUUCUUUGGGCGGCCAAAUGGCUUCCCAAGGUUGGCAGAGCAGAGAGAUUUGCGACCGUGGGCGACAGCUGUAACAUUACGAUUUACCGCGAGGCUUCUGCUUAG